AGCCGGCGCCGCUGGCUUCGGGCAUGGGGUCCCGCGGCCUAGCGCGGCUGCACGGGCUCUUCGCGGUCUACAAGCCCCCGGGGCUAAAAUGGAAGCACGUGCGGGACACCGUGGAGCUGCAGCUUCUGAAGGGUGUCAAUGCUGGGAAGGCUCCUGCCCCUGAACAGCGUGUUCGUUUUCUGCUGGGCCCCGUGGGAGACGGCAAAGAGAAGGAGCUUAUUCUCACUGCCACCAGUGUGCCCACCCUCACCAACCAUCCGCUGGUCUGUGGACCAGCAUUCACCAGCUUGAAGGUUGGCAUGGGACACCGGCUGGAUGCUCAAGCAUCUGGGGUGCUUGUGCUCGGCGUGGGACAUGGAUGCAGGCUCCUCACCAGCAUGUACAAUGCUCACCUCACCAAGGAUUAUACAGUACGUGGUCUCCUGGGCAAAGCAACAGAUGACUUCUGUGAGGAUGGGCGGCUGGUGGAGAAGUCAACAUAUGACCAUGUGACCAGAGAGAAGCUGGACCGCAUCCUGGCCCUGAUCCAAGGUUCCCAUCAGAAGGCCCUGGUGAUGUACUCCAACCUGGACUUGCAGACCCAGGAGGCCUAUGAUAUGGCUGUGAGAGGCUUGAUUCGUCCCAUGGGCAAGUCCCCGAUGCUGGUAACGGGCAUCCGAUGCAUCUUCUUUGCGCCUCCGGAAUUCCUCAUAGAGGUACAGUGCAUGCAUGAGACACAGAAGCAGCUGAGAAAGCUGGUGCAUGAGAUCGGCUUGGAGCUGAAGACCACCGCUGUCUGUUCCCAAGUGCGGCGUACGCGGGAUGGCUUUUUCACCCUAGACGAUGCCCUUCUGAGGACCCAGUGGGAUUUACACAGCAUCCAGGAUGCCAUCCAGGCCGCAGCUCCCCGGGUGGCAGCAGAGCUGGAGAAGAACUUGAGGCCGGUGGGCACCCAGCAGCUUCCCAGUCCAGGCCAGCCCUGGGACUCCAGGGGGCCAAGCUCUGCCUCGGGGCUGGAGAGCUGUGCAGGGCAUUGAAAGGCCAGGGGCUGGCGGGACAGUGGAUGGAUAAGAUAAGAAUUGUUCUGAGCUGGAACUGAUAACUGUGCAGAAUGCAAGAGUAAGGGAAGAACAUGUGACAUAAAACUCUGAAACUGUAAGAAAGAAAAUCAACAGACUUGACCCAAUGGAAAAGGAGAAACUUCUAUAUGGAGGAAAAGAUGAUAAACUAAUGAUAAGACAGAUGAAAAUACUUGUAAUAUGUUUAAGAAUGAAUAUCCAGGGGUACCUGGGUGGCUCAGUCAGUUCAGCUUAGGUCAUGAUCUCAGGGUUCUGGGAUUGAGCCCCAUAUUGGGGCUCCCUGCUCAGCAGGGAGACUGUGUCUCCCUCUCACUCUGUCCCUCCCCCCUGCUUGUGCGCAUGUGCCCGUGCUCGCUCUCGCUCACUCGCUCUCAAGUAAAUAAAAAUCUAAAAAAUAUAUAUCCAUAAUAUAUAAAGAGUUCUUAUAAAACAGUAAGAAAAAGGGCACUUGGGUGACUCAUUCGGUUAAGUGUCUGCCCUCAGCUUAGGUCAUGAUCCCAGGGUCCUGCACCCCUGAUGAAGUCCCACGUCAGGCUCCGUGAUCAGCGGGGAGCCUGCUUCUCCCUCUGCCUCUGCUUCUCCCCCUGCUUGUGCUGUCUCUUUUUCAAAUAAAUAAAUAAAAUCUUCAAAAAAAUUAACAAUAAGAAAAAGAUAAGAAAAUUGGGCAAAUGACAUGAAUUGUGUAUUUAUAUAUAUAAAAAGAAAUCCAUAUGGCCCAUAAACCAGAAAUGAUGCUCAACCUCUCUAAUAAUGAGAGACAUACAGAUGAAAAUGAUAACGACUUUUCCUUGCCUUUCCAAACAAUAAAAAGAAUAUCCAAUAUUGGUGAUGAUGUGAGAAAAUGGGCAGUCUGUGCUAUUGGUAGGAAGGUGCAACUUCGUAACCUUUUAGGAGUAACUUGGUAGUAUGUGUCAAAAUUAAAAAUACUCCUGCUCUGUGACUCAGCAGUUACAGUUUCAGGAAUCUGUCUUCUGGCAUAAGUUGCAGACAGUUUUAGGUACUUAGAUGGUCAUAGCUACAAUGUAAUAGUAAUAAAUAGGAAAUGCCAUUACCAUCCAUCAGUAAGGGACUGGUUAAAUAAAUAUGGGGCAUACAGUGUCAAAAGGCUCUAUUCUAGGGGAGCCUGGCUGGCUCAGUCUGUAGGGCAGGCAAUGCUUGAUCUUGGGGUUGUGAGUUGGAGACCCACGUUGGGUGUAGAGACUACUUAAAAAGGCUCUAUUCUAAUACCCUCAGGAAAAUGAUCAACAACCAAUUUUUGGGGGUGCCUGGGGGGCUCAGUGGGUUAAGCAUCUGCCUUCGCUCAGGUUAUGAUCCCAGGGUCCUGGGAUUGAGUCCUGCCCUGGGCUCCUUGCUCAGCAGGAAGUCUGCUUCUCCCUCGGCCUCUCCUCCCCCUCGUGGCGUGUGCAUGCGUGGGCGAGCCCUCUCUCUCUCAAUCUCUCUUGCAAAAAUAAAAUCUUAAAACAUUUUUUUUAGCCAUUUUUUCCUGCCAAUUUGAUUUUCCUAGGCUUUGGACACUUUGAUCCCAUGUGGAUGGGUGUUUUUUUGUUUUAUUUUGUUUGUUUGUUUGUUUGUUUGGGCCUGGCUCUCUUUUAACCUCUAUCCAUGUGGCUAUUUUCCCACUCGGAACAUUUGGGCUAAAAGGAACAAGUUGGCCUCUGGCUAAGGUUCCAGUCUGCGCCCCGAGGGGAAACCCUGCAUGUCUCUUCUCCCCCCUACCCGCGGCACCCUGGGAGAGGAGGCCCCAGCCAGCAGGGCUCCUUCACCUUCACGUGGGGGCGGCGCGCAGCUCAGAGUGGUGCUGAGCAGGUGUGGUUCUGCCGGCUUCUGGCUGUGGGGCCUCAGGAGUGCAGCUCCCUCAUACGUUAACCUGGGAAUGAUGAUUUUGCCUACCUGGUAGGGUUGUAGCAAUGAAAUCAUGGUGAGGUGCUUGCCUUGGUGCCUUGCAUGACCUGCGCUCUGUGUAAGCCAACCGCUUGCUGUGGCUCCUUUCUUCUGAACAGGGACCUAUAAGAGUUGUCGCAGAGUCAGAGGCCUUCUGUCCCUCACCUCCUGAUUAUCUGGCAUAAAGAUCAGCUGGGAACUUGACAAACAUACCUCAGCCAGGUGAUCAAGGUCAGCAGCCACAGGGAUGAGUCGUGUUGCCGGUAUGUCCUCUUGCUAUGAUAUAAUGAAAAUGGCCCUUUACCUCCGUGGUCUUCCUCCCAAUAACCCAGGGUCCCAGUCUUGUAAGGAGAACACGGGGCAGCUUUUGGUAGUGCGGCAUCCUACACAAGGCCUGACCAGUACUUCUCGGGGCUAUCACGGUCAUCGAAAGCAGUGAAGUCUGAGAAACCACCAUAGCCAAGAGGAGCCUACGGAGACAUGAAGACGAGAUGUACUGUGGGGGGACCCCUGGGUGGCUCAGUCUGUUAAGCAUCUGCCUUUGGCUCAGUCAUGAGCCCAGGGUCCUGAGAUCUUAACCAACUGAGCCACCCAGGCAUCCCUGGAAAUCUGCAUUUUAGCAAGUCUCUAAGGAUUCUGAUACCAGAGCUGUAAAAACAGGGCCCCGCAGGAGCCAGCUAGGCAUGGUCAUUCCCUUCUGGUCUUCAGGAACCACCUGGACGGCUAUUUGAGGGCCAUUUGAGAAGAGAUUAGCCGACAGCCACGAAUGACAGGGUAUGGUGAGCUCGUUUACCGGGGGCGCACUAACAGAGUACCACGAACCAAGGGGCUGCAACAGUGGAAAGCUAUUAUCUCGCCACAGGCUAAGCACAGAAGGCUGGGGGUCCAAGAGCAGGGUGUCGGCAGGGUCAGCUCUUUCUGAGGGAUGUGAGGAAGACACUGUGCCAAGCUUCUCUCCUGGCUUCUGGUAGUUUGCUGGCAAUCUUUGGUGCUCCUUGGCUUGUAGAAGCGUGGCUCACAUCUCUGCCUUCACAUUCAUGUGGCCUUCUUCCUGUGCGCAUGGCUGUGUCCAAAUUUCCCCUUUCACAAGGACACUGGUCAGAUGAGGUACCCACUGUAGUCAGUAUGACCUCUUCUUAACUAAUUACAUCUGCAAUGACCCUAUUUCCCAAAACAGUUCACAUUCUGAGGUAUUAGGGAUUAGGACUUCAACAUGAAAAUUGUGUAGGGACACAACUCGACCCACAACACAUGGCUAGACCUUCACCUGGGCUGGCUCAGUGCUCCUUAGAGCACUAUUAUCACAUACCCAGAAGACUCCCCCAAGGUCAGGGCAGGCUCCAUAGUCCCCUCCACAUCUGCUGCAGAUUGGGGCAGUGGGGAGGGCUCAGGGCCCCAGUGGAUGUGGAGGGUGGUGACCCAGGGUCAGGGAAUCUAGCUAUCCCCUCCGGGGCCUCUUUCCAGGGCUUUCACCAAGCAUCUCCCCUUCCCUUGUCCAAUUAAGAAUUUAAACUUUUUUUUUUUUUUUAAGAUUUUAUUUAUUUUUUGACAGAGAGAGAGACAGCGAGAGAGGGAACACAAGCAGGGGGAGUGGGAGAGGGAGAAGCAGGCCUCCCGCUGAGCAAGGAGCCCGAUGUGGGGCUCGAUCCCAGGAUCCUGGGAUCAUGACCUGAGCUGAAGGCAGACGCUUAACGACUGAGCCACCCAGGUGCCCCAAGAAUUUAAGCUUUUUAUUUGCACUGUAUAUAAGAAGUCUAUCUGGAUCUCAUUCUAGAAUUUACAAAAUUUGGGUAGUUGGUCUUAGAUUAUAAAACAGGAAAAUGGGGCAUUUGGGUGGCACAGUCGGUUUUGUGUCCAGCUCUUUGAUUCGGCCUGGGUUGUGAUCUCAGGGUUGUGAAAUUGAGCCCUGCAUCAGGCUCCCUGCUCAGUGUGGAGUCUGUUUGAGACUCUCUCUCCCUCUCCCUCUGCCCCUACCCCCUGCUCACUCUCUCUCUCUCAAAUAAAUAAGUCUUUUUUUUUUUUUUUUUAAGAUUUUAUUUAUUUAUUUGACAGAGACAGUGAGAGAGGGAACACAAGCAGGGGGAGUGGAGAGGGAGAAGCAGGCUUCCCACUGAGCAGGGAGCCCGAUGUGGGACUCGAUCCCAGGACCCUGGGAUCAUGACCUGAGCCGAAGGCAGACACUUAAUGACUGAGCCACCCAGGCGCCCCUCAAAUAAAUAAGUCUUAAAAAAUUAUAAUAAAUGUAUCUCUCAGGAGUCUGUUGAGUUGAGGGCUUUGUCUGCUUCAUUCACUGGAGGCCACACCAUGGGCUCCUAGGAUGGGAUAUGUGUUUAUCAAGGCUCUUCAGAGAAAUAGGACCAACGGGAAGUGUGUAUCUAGAGAGAGAUUUGUUUUAAGGAAUUUGCUCACAUUGGGUUGCCUGGGUGGCUCAGUUGGUGGAGUGUGUGACUCUUGAUUUCGGAGUUGUGACGUGGAGCCCCACGUUGGUGUAGAGAUCACUAAAAAUAAAUAAAUAAAAAAACUUCAAAAAA